AUGUCAGAUUUCUCAGUAGUAAAACUUAGAAACAUAAAACUUGAUUACAAUAUUUCUUUUUUAAAUUCCUAGGAACUUGUGCGACUUCUUCAGCAAACAGUCCGAUCUUCCCAAUAUGAUAAAUAUUUUGCAAGCCGUCUUUGUGAGGGGGUUCCCAAAGACAAAUUAGAGCUGUUGCACCAAAAAGACGACCAGAUUUUGGGUCUCAACAACCAGCUUGAAAAGUUAAAUCUGGAAAAAGAUAGUCUCCAGCAGGAAGUAAAGAACCUGAAAUGUAAAGUUGGAGAACUCAAUGAGCAGCUGGGUAUGUUGAUGGAAACUAUUCAAGCUAAAGAUGAAGUGAUCAUGAAACUCUCUCGUCAACUCAGCGAAUGUGAGGACAAUACAUCCUCUCAAAGUGGAGCAGUAAAUUCUUCCAUGGCCACCUGUACUAAUAAGGAACUACAGGAACUGGACAGACUAAAAGACAAUCUACAGGGUUAUAAAACCCAGAAUAAAUUUUUAAAUAAGGAGAUUUUGGAACUUUCUGCUCUACGAAGAAAUGCAGAAGCAAGAGAGAGAGAAUGGCAGGCAAAGUAUACUAGCUUGGAAGCCAAACUUUGUCAGAUAGAAAGUAAAUACUUGAUAUUGCUUCAAGAAAUGAAAACUCCUGUUUGUUCUGAGGAGCAGAGUCCUGCUCGUGAGGUCAUCACACAGUUACUGGAAGAUGCCUUGAAAGCAGAAACUAGUGAACAACCAGAACAAGCGUUUUUCAAACCACACCUGGUCAGUGAAUAUGAUAUAUAUGGUUUUCAGACAGUCCCAGAGGAUGAUGAUGAGGAGAAACUAGUAGCAAAAUCACGAGCUUUGGACCUGAAAUCACUUUCUCUCAGUGAAAAUCGAGAGAUCUCCACAGGGGUAAAAUGGGAAAACUAUCUGGCAAGCACAAUGAAUAGAGAGAUGAUGCGCUGUGUAGAACUGAAGAAUCUUAUUCGAUCUGGAAUUCCACAUGAACAUCGUUCCAAGAUGUGGAAAUGGUGUGUCAAUCUCCAUGUUAAAAAAUUCAAGGACAGCACUGUUCCUGGGUACUUCCAAACCUUGCUUCAAAAUGCUCUGGAAAAACAAAAUCCUGCAUCUAAACAAAUUGAGUUGGAUCUCUUGAGAACUUUGCCAAACAACAAACAUUAUUCCUCCCCAACAUCUGAAGGGAUCCAGAAGCUGCGAAAUGUGCUGCUGGCGUUUUCAUGGAGAAAUCCUGAUAUAGGAUAUUGCCAGGGGCUCAACAGAUUGGUAGCAAUUGCACUUCUGUAUUUGGAACAGGAAGAUGCUUUUUGGUGUCUAGUAACAAUAGUGGAAGUUUUCAUGCCUCGUGAUUAUUAUACUAAGACUCUGCUAGGAUCUCAGGUUGAUCAGCGAGUAUUCAAGGAUUUAAUGAGUGAGAAGCUUCCACGACUGCAUGCUCAUUUUGAACAAUACAAAGUUGACUAUACUCUUAUAACUUUCAACUGGUUUCUUGUGGUAUUUGUGGACAGUGUGGUUAGCGACAUCCUUUUUAAAAUCUGGGACUCCUUCCUAUAUGAGGGACCAAAGGUAAUAUUCCGAUUUGCCCUGGCACUUUUUAAAUACAAGGAAGAGGAAAUCUUAAAACUGCAAGAUUCAAUGUCCAUCUUCAAAUACCUUCGAUAUUUCACACGCACUAUACUUGAUGCUAGGAAACUGACUGGUAUUGCUUUUGGAGACCUGAAUCCUUUUCCAUUACGUCAGAUCAGGAACCGAAGGACCUAUCAUCUGGAGAAAGUGCGUCUUGAACUAACUGAACUAGAAGCCAUUCGUGAGGAUUUCCUGCGUGAACGAGAGACGUGUGUAGAAAAAAGAGACCUUAUUAGUGAUGAUGAGGAGGAUAGUUGAAACUACUCAACAUAAACUUUUCUUUGGGAU